AUGGUCUAUAAAAAAGCAGCUGAGAUCUUUGACAUCUCCAGGUCAUUGUUCAGGUACCCAUGGCUGGAAUAUCCAAGAAGGACUAAAGAACUCAGAAAAGCCACAGCUCCUGUUCAUCUGUUGUUGUCCUGCUACCAGAUGCCAGAGGAAGAGUUUACCCUAAGCCCAGAGUGCUGGAGGCAGCACCCGAGCAAGCCAAACUCUGAACCUUACUGCUACUUGGAGAAGCCUGAGGUCUACUCACACUGGCAGACCCUGUACAAUCAGCAACAGGAAUGGGAGGCCCAGAAGAUGCUGCGGAAAAUGAGAGAUCCCCCUAGAUACCUCAAAGAGGGUAUGCCCAACCAAACGCUCUAUCUCUCCAUGAGCAAGCUGGCUAGAAAAGCUCAAAUGGGAUCCAAGCCCUUAGACCCUGCUGGGAAUCUGAAGUGGUAAAGAUUAAAGGAACUCACAAAAAGCCUGAAGUCUCCAGUAGAGGAUGAGCAGUUGUAUGCAGCACAGGCUCUGGGGUGCCUUGGCAUUGGUGACAAGUUUAUCAUGAAGGCACUACAGCAAGUGGCCCAAACUGGUCCAGAGAAAGUAAAGUACAAGGCCUAUCGAGCCCUGGCCAUCCUAGGUUGCCUAAAUAAGCAUGUGAUCCGGGCUCUCAUCAAGCAGCUGAAGGGGCAAAGGAUGGAUACUCUGACGGGGCUACGAAUGGCUCUGAACUCCUGGGCUGCUGUCCCUGAAGACAAGAGGAGUCUGGUUGGAGAUGAAGGGCAAUUGAUGCCUGUGCUACAGAUGCUGAUGAAGUCAUCAAAUGAAGCGGCCAUGGAAGCAGCCCUGUGCUUGGGUUUCCUGAGGCCCAGCAGCAGCGCAGCCAGAGAGUUCUUGCUGCAGUGCCUGUGCCAAGGGCCCAAGACCCAGCGGAUGAAGGCACUUCAGAUGCUGGUCAAGACAAUGCAUGUGCACUCAGCUGCUGUCAUCAGGGCCGUCCUAGACCAGCUGUGCUGUUCCAGUGUCCCUGAGUACCACUUUGAAGCCACCCAGAUGCUCAAGACCAUUGGGUUAGAACAGAUCCAGGCACAGGGGCUGGAGGGAUUCACAUUUGAUCUGCUCAGGAGGAAGGCAUACAAUGAAACCUUCCUGGCUAUGAGGCAGGCUGUGGCUGAAACCGUGGAGGAGCUCAAGAUGAAGCCAACAAUGAUCAACUUGGUGGAGGUGCAACUGAUGAACUCAAAUGCCACUGCACGCCAGGAAGCAGUCAUCUCCUUGGGUAUUGCAGAAAUUAGGGAUCCACAAGUGCUCCACUUGCUCUUGGACAUGCUAGACACAGAAAACAGCCAAUCUGUGAAGAAGAGCCUACAAGAAACAUUAAUUCUUUUGGCUUCAAUUGAUCCCUGGAUCCAAAACAAGCUGAAGAACAAGGUUUUUUGUGCAUAUGAGGCACCUAAGGUCAGCGAGAAGGCAGAGCCGACAAGGUUCCGGAAAGAGCCCGAGAACCCAGAUGAGUUAAAUAUCCAAGACUUUUGACUUGCACAGCUGAAGCCAUUUGUCAUGAAGUACAGCACCCCAUCAGACCAACAGGAAAGGCUGCGUGUCCAGAAUGGGUCUGCCUUCCCCUUCACCUCUGCCUGCCCACCUUGCUUCUCUCAGCCAUUAAAAGACAAGGCACCGGCCACAGGACCCUGGGCACCAAGGAUCCGGAAACAGCUCCAGAUCCUUGCCAAAACCUCCAAAUAA